UGUCUUGUUAUGUCGGUGCUCGCCUCAGUCGCUCAUGUUUUCUGUCUGUCUAUCUCUCUCUCGUUGUCAGAAUGGAUGCAGAAUAUGAGAAGGGGAGAAUCAAGGAGCUGCAGGAGCAGCGGAUGGCCGUACAAAAGAAGACCUUCACAAACUGGAUUAACAACGUCUUCUCAAAAAACAAGGUGGACAUUGAGAUAAAAGAUGUCUACACAGAGCUAAAGACUGGUGUCUAUCUUAUCCGACUGCUGGAGCUCAUUUCUGGGGAAAAGCUUCAGACCCCCAGCAGGAAGACCCUCCGUGUGCACUGCCUUGAAAACAACAGCAUUGCUAUCCAGUUCCUUAAAACAAAGAUUAAAGUGGAUUUGAUUGGCCCAGAGAAUAUUGUUGAUGAAGAUCGGACCAUGAUUUUGGGCCUAAUCUGGAUCAUCAUCCUCCGUUUCCAAAUUGCUGCCAUUACUUUGGAUGAGGAUGAGUUUGUUGCCAGUGCAGCCCGUCGCUCUGCCAAAGAAGCUCUCCUGAUUUGGUGCCAACGUAGAACAGCCAAGUACUCAAAUGUCAAUGUGCAGGACUUCUCCAGCAGCUGGCGGGAUGGCUUGGCUUUCAACGCCCUCAUUCAUUUUCACAGGCCAGAUCUACUUGACUAUGAACGUUUAACACCAAAGCAGCCUCUGCAGAACCUCAACAACGCCUUCAACAUCGCCGAAACAGAACUGGGUAUCUCCCGACUGCUUGAUGCUGAGGAUGUAGCAGUGCCUCAGCCAGAUGAGAAGUCCAUCAUGACCUACAUCUCUCUUUACUACCAUUACUUCUCCAAGAUGAAGCAGGGCCAGACAGGACAGAAGCGGAUAGCCAAGAUUGUUGGCCUCUUGAAAGACAUUGAUGACCUCAAGCAGCAGUAUGAAAAGAUGAUUUCAGAUCUUCUCCGGUGGAUUAAAACAAAAGUGGUGGAGCUCAGUGACCGCUGCUUUCCCAACUCACUGCAGGGCAUGCAACGAAUGAUGGCGGUCUUCAAGACCUAUCGUACGGUGGAAAAACCACCAAAGUACCAGGAGCGAGGAGCAAUUGAAGCCCACCUAUUUAACCUCAAAACCAAACUGCGUGCAAAUAAUCAACGGGCCUACAUCCCACCAGAAGGCAAAACACUUGGGGACCUGGAAAAACAUUGGGGGAUUCUAGAACGGGCUGAACAUGAGCGAGAACGUGCCCUCCAGAUGGAGUUACUUCGACUUGAGCGGCUGGAACAACUGGCACAGAAAUUUGAGCGCAAGGCGAAACUUCGGGAAGCCUACCUGAAUGAGACCUGUAAGUUACUUCAGCAACAAGACUUCAAGGACUUUGACAACUUGCAGGAAGCCGAAGCGGCCUCCCGUAAACUUGAGGGCUUCAUUACUGAUGUCCAUGCCCGAGACCAACGAUUCAAAGCAUUGAAGAACAUGGGAGCUGUCAUUGAGAAAGAAAACUACCACAGCAAGUUCAAGAUCAGCCAGAGACAGGAAGAGAUUGAGUUACGCUGGAAAGAACUUUUACAGGUGCUGCAAAGGCACCGAGAGACUCUUCAUAAGAUUGUCAAGACCCUGGUCCUGCUGAGAGACAUUGAUGUUGUGAAGGCUGACCUUAUUGAGCUGCAGAACCAUGCCAUCUCAAAUGAUUAUGGUAAGCAACUGGUUGACACAGUUGACUUACUGCAGAAGCAAAACCUUUUGGACUCUCAGAUCUCUUCUCAUGGAGAAACUCUGCAAAGCAUUAGCCGAAGAGCAGCAUCCACUAAAGACCAUCGGGUCUUGGGGAAGGUCCGCGAGCUCAACCAACUAUACGAUGGCCUACUGUCCCAGAGCAAAAUUCGGAAGCAGGCAUUGCAGGAGCAGCAGAACCUCUUUGAAUUCUUUCAUGACUGUGAGGAAGUCGAAUCGUGGAUUUAUGAGAAGUGGCAGCUGGUCCGCACUGCUGAUCUUGGCCGAGAUCUUAUCCAGAUUUUUGUUACUAUCAACAAGCAAAAGGGCUUAGAGGCAGAGAUGCACUCCUAUCAAACAUUCUGCAAUGCGGUGGUGCAGAGAGGUCGCAAUCUCUGCCGCAGAGGCCACCCCAAUGAGGCGGACAUCAGGAAGUGGACAGACACCCUGCAGAAACAGUGGCAGCAGUUAAGAGAUGAGAUGGCCAAUCGUAUGGCGCGACUGCAGGCAGCAAGCCUCAUCAAACAGUAUUUUGCAGAUGUGAAUGAUGCUGAGUCCUGGGUUCGAGAACGCCUGCCCUUGCUAAUGAGUGAUGACUGCGGGAAAGAUGAAUCAAGCGCAGAUGCUCUGCUCCAGCGCCACCUGCGCCUUGAAAAAGAGAUAGCAGCCUACUUGUCAGAGAUGAAAAGACUCCGGGAACAGGCCGAGUGUGCGGCCACACAGAUCCCGUUGACUGAGGAACCUCAGGAGAACAAGAAAGCCCAGGACAGCCCGUCCUCAGAAGAGGAGUGUGACCGGGGGAGACCUGUGACGCGGAGGUCAGAAAGGGCUCAUCAAACGAAGACCACUCGUCCGCUGCAGGCCAGGAUGAGAUUUGGCUACAGAGCCGAUGAUGUGGUCCUGAAGCGGGGUGACAUCCUUGAAGUGGAAAGCAAAGGUAACGGUGACAAAUGGCAGCUGAAGAACAGCCUGGGACAGAUGGUGCUCGUGCCAGCUACUUACCUCACCGAAAUGCCAACCCAGACAACCACUGAGGCUGCAGUUGAGAAUGGCGUGCAGAAGAAUUCUCCAACAAAGAUAAGCCGGCCUCGGCGGCGCAGGUCAAUGCGACGUGGCACUGCAGAGAUUCAGUUUUCCAUCUCAGGGGGCCGCGACCCAGACUUUGAUGCCAACACCAUCCUCAAUACACAGAAGGCACUGGACAGCGACUUUGACAAAAUGGUGGAAGUGGCCCAGAUGAGAAGAACGGCACUGGAGGAGAAGGUCCGGCUGUAUCGCUUCUACAAUGUCUGCCGUGACUUUGAAUCUUGGCUGGAGGACAAAGAGAAGGUCCUAAAUGCUUUCCUGCCCAAGUCAGAAAAUGUGGAAGUGAUGCAGAUGAAGUAUGAGAAUUUCCUGACAGAACUGGCUGGAGGGAAGAGGCGCCUACAGGAGAUACGGCAAACAGCCCAAGCACUGUUGAAGAGCGAUCAUAGCCAGGCCCAUGAGAUCCAGGCGAGGCAGGCCGAAGUCCAGCAGAGGUGGGAUCACAUUCAGCGGCUGAAGGACGAGAAGGCCAAAGAGCUGCUGGGCACUGCCGAUGUCAAGUCCUUCCUGCAAAGCUGCCAGGAUGCACAAGCGUUGCUGGAGGACAAACUGGCACAGCUGGAGGGCACCCAACCCUUGGCACUGGAGACAGAGCUGCGCAGGCAAAACCAGAAUGAGAGAGAAAUCCAAGUGCUGGAGAGCAAGAUUGCAUACCUCAAAAACAUGGCCAAAAUGAAGCAAGACACCAGCCCUGCCGAGAGUGCUGCCAUUCUGAAUGAAGUCCGCAGGCUGCAGCAAUUACUUGAGCGUGUCCAGAAGGAAGCCGCUCACAAAAAGAAAACCGUGGAAGAUGGUUUACACCUUCAGAAGUUUUUGCAAAACAGUAAAAAUUUAAGUCUCUGGAUAAAGGGCAUGCAGGAGCGGUUGGCAAGGGAGGAGAGUGGGUCUGAUGUGGCAUCAGCAGAGACAUUGCUUAAAGAGAAUCGAGACCUCUGGGAGGAAAUUGCAAGAAAGGGGGAGAGGAUGAAGGAGCUGAAAGAAAUGGGGAACUUUCUGGUGCGAGCCAUCCCAAGCAAAGCCUUCGAGUUGCAUCAGACCCUAACAGAGCUAGGCAGGGAAUGGACGGAGUUUAAUGAGCAAUGGGCCAGUCGUGACAAGAAGCUACAGGGAGGGGUGGAGCUACAGAAGUUCAACCGAGAGGCAGACCGCAUUGAGGCGACAGUGUCGAGCCACGAGGCAAGGCUGAAGGUCGAGGACCUUGGGGACUCUGUGGACAGUGUGCAGAGCCUUUUGCGGAGACAAGAUGAGCUGGAGGACCUGAUGAAGGCACUCGACCAGAAGAUUGCGGCUCUAGAAGAACGAGCAGAGAAGCUCCGGCAACAAGGUCACUAUGCUGAGAAAACGAUAAAGCAGAGGGUGCAAGCUGUUCAGAAAAGGAGGAUGCAUUUGGGAAAAGCAAGUGAAAGGAGAAGGAAGAUGCUACAGGCAUCUCAGAAAUUUCAGGAAUUUAACCGUGAUGCUGGGGAACUUCACUUGUGGAUGGAGGAAAAAUUUAAAAUCGCAGAAGACGAGUCCUACAGGGACCCAACCAACGUGCUGCGCAAACUGAAAAGGCACGAGGCUGCCGAGCGGGAGAUGAGCGCCAAUGAAGUACGUUUGGAGGAACUGAAGCAGGCAAGUGAAAACCUGUUGGCUGAUGGACAUUAUGCCAGUGACAUCAUCAAAGAGAAGACAAAGGAAGUGUGUAACAGGUGGCUGGCACUCCAGCGGAAGAUGAUGGACAAAGGAGACAAACUGCGGCAGGCGGGUCAACAAGAGCAACUAACUGAGCUCCUGCAGGAAGCAAAGGAGAACAUUGAAGCUAUUGAAAAGAUGUUGCAAAAUGCAACUGAAGGGCAUGACCUUCGAUCCAGCCGGCAGCUGCUGAAGGAGCACCAACAGCUCGAGAAUGAGAAAUGUGAACUGUCAGAAAAAAUGAACACCAUUGUGUCUCAUGCUAAGAAGAUGGCUACCAACCAUUUCAACUCCAGGGAAAUCCAAAAGGAGACGCACGCAUAUCUCCAGCGCUUCGAGUCCCUACAACAACCCCUGGAUAAGAGACGGGCACAGCUGUUGACCUCAGUUGCUUUUUAUGAGUUCUGUCAUGAUCUGGACCUGGAGCUCAGUUGGAUAUCAGAGCGCCAACCUGCAGCCAGCUCAUCCAACUAUGGCAGAUCGCUGGACUCAGCUCAGAGUCUGCUGCAGAAGCACAAGGAACUGCAAGCAGAGGUCAAUGCUCACAAACAGCACAUUAUACGCAUCCUGGAGCAGGGGUCUAACAUGAGCCAAUCACAGCAGUUUGCAGAAGCAGAUAUCCAACAGAGGUGUGAAGAACUGCAGAAAGCAUGGGAUCUGCUGGAGGAAAUGUGCAAAGAAAGGGCAAGAAGGCUGAAGCAAUCUGUGGCCUUGCAGCAGCUCCAUCUGGAAGCAGCAGAGCUGGAGUCCAGAGCCGCUGAGAUCCAUUCACUAGUCAGCAGUGAUGACUAUGGCAAAAACAGCUCGGCCACCCUUAACCUCCUGAAGCAGCAGAAGGUCCUGAAAAGUCAGAUUGAAGCUCUCAAUAACCAAGCCCUGGAGCUACAGAACGCCAUGGACAAGGCUGCACAUGGUGUCUUUGAACUUGGCUUUGAUGAGGUGGACUGGCCACAGGAUCGCAUUCAGAGCCAGCUGAGCAAACUGCAGCACUUGGCUUCCUCACGGACGCAGCAAUUGGAGGAAGCUCUCCAUUUCCAUGAGUACACUCGAGAGUCAUCGGAACUGGAAGAAUGGAUAGCUCAGCAGUGCCAGAUAGCUGCCUCUGAGGAUUAUGGGAAUAACUACGAACAUGUUCAGCAACUAAGAGCAAAGUUUGAAGGGUUCCAGCGGCAGGUGGAGUUGGGAGAGGAGAGGGUCAAAGCCUGUCAAGGUCUUGCCGAUUCUCUUAUUGUCCACGGGCACACGCAGUCCAGGGCCAUCCAGCAGACACAAGAUCAUCUGAGAUCAGCCUGGAAAGAGCUUCUGGAACUGACCCAUGCCCGUGGAGAGACCCUGCAGGCUGCAGAGACGAUUCACAAAUGUUACAGGGACCUUACAGAUGCCCUGUCUCUUAUUGAGGAGAAACAUAAGAGCAUUCCUGAUGAUAUCGCCAAAGACUUGCAUGGGGUACAAAAACAGCUACGCAAACAUGAAGAGCUGGAGCACGAGCUGUCUGGCAAUGAGCAACAGCUUCAAGAGCUCCUGGACUCAACAGAUCCAAUUAUAGGCCUCUGUACCCCUGAUCAGGCCACUGACCUUCAGGAAAUACAGCAGAGGGUGGUGGAAACCUGGGAGGACCUGCGAGUGCAAGUAGAGAACAGACGAGAGGAAUUAGAGCGGGCCAAAUCGCGCUUUCGUUUCUUUAACAAGGCCAAUGACCUUACAUUAUGGUCGAUGGAGGUACUUCAUGGAAUGAAAGCAGACGAAUCCAUCCGUGACAUGUCCACUAGCAGUUUGAGACUGAAGCAACACCAGGAGCUCAAAUCUGAGAUGGAUAGCCGUGAACUGACUUACAAGCAAAUCAUUGCUAUUGGAGAAGAGCUUGCGCGACAGGAUGUUUCUGGAGCCACAGAGGUCAGAGAGAAACUGGUAGCACUCCAGGAUGUGUGGAGUAAUCUUCAUAAGCACUGGGAGAUGAAGCAGCAGUGGCUGGAGGGAGUCUUUCUGGAGCACACCUUCUACAGAGACAUUGGCAACAUGGAAAAAGUGCUGAACUCACAGGAGAUCCAGCUAAAGAGCAGUGAUCUGGGGUCUUCAGUAGAUGAGACUGAAAGGCUGAUAAAGAGACAUGAGGCUUUUGAGAAGCUGCUGAACUCUCAGGAAGAGAAGGUGGCUGCUUUUGAAGACCAAGCUAAUCGAUUGAAGAGAGAGGGUGUGAAGAUAGACAGUGCUAAAACUAUUCAACACAAGCUGAAGACUAUUCUGGACCGCAGAAGGAGGAUUGAGGAGCUGUCAGCCUGGAGAAGAGAAGAGCUCAACAAGGCCCUCCUGCUGGCCGUGUUCAAUCGGGAUUUGGCUGAAGCAGAAGACUGGAUCUCUGAGAGACUGCAGAAGCUCCAGGAAGACUCAAAGAAGGAUAUGAAUGACCUUCAGGUGAAAAUGAAGCUGCUUCAGAAACACCAGGCCUUUGAGGCAGAGAUUCUUGCUCACAAUGAGAUCAUCACUGCUGUGCAGAAGACUGGUGAGAAGAUAAUUACUUUACGACACCCCAAGUCCUUUGAGGUUCGUCAGAAUGUAAGUGCUCUUCUGGACCACUGGGGGUCCCUGAAAAGGGCUGUGGCUGAGCGAGGAAAGGUGCUAGAGGACAAUCGGGACUUCCUGGAAUUUCUGCAGAAGGUAGAUGAAGUGGAGGCCUGGAUCCGCCAGAAGGAGGUGAUGAUUAAUGUAGGAGACAUUGGCACGGAUUAUGAGCAUGGGCUUCAGCUGCUCAAAAAACUCAAUGAAUUCCGGAGCACUGGAUCUCGGGAUACAACUGUGGAUGAUGCACACAUCAAAGCUAUCAACUCACUGGCUGCCAAGCUUGAGAAGCAGAACCGUAAGGAAGUGAGCACCGUGAGACAACGUCGACAAAGACUCAAUGACAGAUGGAGCAACUUCCAUGGUAGCCUUAACAGGUACAGAAUGACACUUGAAGGAGCAUUGAAGAUUCAUGCGCUUAUCAGGGAACUGGAAGAUAUUCUGGAGAGGAUUGGGGAGAAGAGUUCAUUAAUGCAUGGAAAGGACUACGGGCAAGACGUUGAAAGUGUGGAAAUCCUUAUCCGUCAGCAUGAAGAGACAGAGCGUGAAAUCAAAGUGAUCCAACAUAAAGCAAAGGAGCUGGAGAAAGAAGCGAGAACCUUGUCAAAAAAACAAGCUGAUCUGGAACAGAAACUGAGUAAAAAGCAGCAGGAAGUAAGGGAUGCUCUGGCUCAGCUGGAAAAAGAGGCCAAAUUUCGUCAGGAGAAGCUGCAGGCUUCACUUCAGCUGCAGCACUUCAAGGCUGACCAGCAUGAACUUCUGGACUGGGUGUUGGCAGUCACCGCUUUAAUGGCCGACAGUGUUUUGCCUAAAACCAAAAGGGAAGCCGAGGGCCUCAUUACGGAGCACCAGGAGAGAAAGGCAGAGAUCGAUGCUAGAAAGGAACGCUUUGACAAAGUGAAGAGCUCCGGUCACAGACUCAUCACAAAGGGCCACUACGCUUCCUCUGAAAUACGACAGGAUCUAAGCCAGCUGGAGGAUGUGCAUAUGAAACUUUACAGCAGUUGGAAAGACAUGAAGAAGCGACUGGAUGAAGCGCUGGAGCUCCAGAUAUUUUAUGGCUACCUGGAGCAGAGUGAGAGCUUGUUGGGCAGCAGUGAGGCUUUCCUUACUAAUGAGGAUCUCGGGGACUCUCUGCUAAGUGUGGAAGUUCUCCAGAAGAAGCAUGCUCAUUUUGAGAAGUCAUUAGAGGCUCAGCUAAACAAAGUUCACCUCCUGGAGCAGUUUGCUAAGGGCCUUACAGAAAAAAAACAUUUCGACUCGAACAACAUCACCAGCAAGUGCCGGAGUGUCAAGCUUAGGAAAGAGAAGAUUUUAGAUGGCUUUAAAUCACGUAAGGAAAGACUGGAAGAGUCAUGGCAGUUGCAGAAAUUCCUGGGCAGCAGCUAUGAGGUGUGUUGUUGGCUGAAUGAGAAGAACACCACUGCUCAAGAAGAGAACUGGCGAGAGCCCAGCAAUCUGCAGGCCAAACUGCAAAAGCAUCAGAGUUUUGAAGCUGAACUUUCUGCCAGUCACAACCGUGUCAAUGCCAGCCUGCAGGAAGGGAGAAGGCUGCUUGGCUCCAUUCACUUUGCUCACGAGAAGAUUCAGUCCCGACUACAGGAGCUUCAAGACCUCUGGGACCAGCUGCUCACUAACAGCCAGACAAAGCGAGUUCGGCUGCAGGAAGCCUAUGAGGCUCUACAGUUUCAGCGUGUGGUUGAGGACAUCGAUAGCUGGCUUACAUUUGUGGAGUUGGCCCUUGGACUCGAAGACUUUGGGUCUGACCUGCUCUCUGUAGAACUGCUUCUCAAAGACAUGCAAGAGAUUGAAGAAUCUGUCGAUGGUCAUGUUGAGAGGAUCCAAGGACUGGUCAACAGUGCCACGGACUUCAGAAAUAAAGGCAACUUUUUGGCCGAGGAGAUCCAACAACGAGUUGGCAACAUUGUGCAAAGGUUCAGAAACUUGCAGGACCCUCUUGAGACCCGCAGGCAGACGCUGGACGCAAGAAAGUUGCUUUUCCAGUGUUACCAUUAUGUGCAGGAAGAGAUGGACUGGAUUCGAGACAAACUGCCCGCUGCCUGUUCUCAAGAUUUGGGACAGUCUCUGCACAGUACCCAGGCACUUGUCAAGAAGCAUGAGGCUUUGUUGAGUGACAUCGAGAGCCGAGAUCCUCUCUUCCACACUGUGCUCGAGAUGGGACAACGCUUGAUAAAAGGCCGGCACUUUGCUUCAAAGGACAUCAGUGCUAGAAUGGAGGAGUUACAAGAGGCGAUGGAUGAGCUCAAGAAGGAAGCCGAGAGACGACAGCAGCAUCUCCAGGCUGCUCUGCAAAUCCAGGAAUUCCUUUCAGAGCUGAUGGAGCUGGAAUCCUGGAUAGAGGAGCAACGAGCGCACGUGGAGAGUUCAGACACUGGAAAAAAUGAGGAGUCCACUCAAGCAUUGCUCCGAAAGUUGGAUUCCAUUGAACGAGACCUGGAGGGAUACGGCCAUCGAGUUAAGUCACUAGAGGAGGCUGGGCACAGCCUGGAGAAAUGCCAGCACCCCGACAGUCCCCUGGUAUCUGAGCAACUUCAUUCAUUUUUGGACCAAUAUGAGAUCCUUCUCCAGCUCUUUAAGGACCGCCGGGCCUUGCUGGAGGAGCAAAAAUGGAUAUAUCAGUUUGACAGGGAAGCCCAAGAGUUCUGCAGCUGGGCUAUUGCUAAAAAGAGCCUGGCAGAGUCAGAGGAUUAUGGCCAAGAUCUGGAGGAUGUGGAGAUUCUAAGGAAGAAGUUUGAGGAUUUCAAUGCUGAUGUGAACAUGUUGGGCCCUCUUAAGUUGGACUCCUUAUUUAAGAUAGGAGGGAAAGUGAAGUCUCUUGAAAUCCAGGAGAGGCAGCAGAAGAUGAAUCAGCUGUGGGAGGACCUUCUUCAAGCCAUAGAGACACGGGAGGAGAACCUGAAAGCUGCCCAGGAGAUGCACCAGUUUGACCAUGAUGUGGAUGAGUUGAAGGGCUGGAUGAGUGAGAAGGAGGCCAAAGUUGACUCUGAGGACUAUGGCAGGGAUCUGCUGAGUGUUCAGGCUCUGCUCCGCCAACACGAAGGCCUGGAGGGUGACCUAGUUGCAAUUGGGGAAGAGGUUUCCCGAACAGAGGCGAAGUGUUCAGAGCUGAACAUCAAGUACCCCCAUGUCCGAGAUAAUCUAACUGAACAGAUGGAAGAGAUCCAGGCAAGCUGGGAGAGUCUGCAAAGGAAAGCAUCAAGACGAAGGGUGAAAUUGAGCCAAGCGGAGACAGCCCAGCAGUACUUCAGUGACUGGAAGGAACUGGUAGUGUGGAUGAAUGAAACUCUGUCUUUGCUCCGGGGUGAGGACCAUGGAGUGGAUGUGGUGGAUGUGGAUCAGCUUCUCAAAAGGCAAGAAGAACAUCGACGUGAUAUUGAGAGGCAGGCGGAAAAAUCGCAGGCCGUGAGGAAAGAGGGUGAGCACCUACUGGAGGAAGACCAUUUCAUGAGCAAUGAGAUCAAAGAGAAACUGAAUGAGCUGGAAGAGCUUGAAUCCCAGCUCCGGGACUGCUGGGAGACCUGUCUGAAACAGCAUGAAGAAGAUUUGGAGAUUCAGAGCCUACAGAGAGAUCUGGAGCAAGCUGAGCGGUGGCUGAGCAUUCAUGAGGCAGCCUUGAAAGAAGAGGAGUAUGGGGAUUCAUUGUCUGAAGUCCAAGAGCUAAUGAAGAAAAUGAAUGAUUUGGAAGCCAUGAUGGUUGCUCAAGAAGAACGAUUUAAGCUACUGGAGGAGAAGAAGAGCAAGAGAGAAAAUCGACUGCAGCAGUGGCAAAGCACUGAGGACAGAACCGCCAGGUCUAACGUGAAACGAGUGCCAUCCUUGCAGAGGAAGCCAUCAGACCGAAAUCUCCGAGCUGCAGAGAAGAGGCCACAGCAGUACAAGCCUGCGGUCUUGCCUAAGCAAGGGAUUCAGACACAGGAGGGAAAGAUGAACAGUGCGGACACUAUCCUGUCCCCAGUAAGGCGGUCAGUGAAGUCUCCCUUAAGUCCUGAGCCCAGUCCUACCUCUCCAAAACCACUGGGUCUGCAAAUGGGCAAAGCUCAAACCUCAUCAUCUUUUCUGAGAACAGAAGUGUCCCCAAAAAGCCCAACUAAGCCCCCUCUCUUACCCAAGCCCAAACUGACAAACCCAGAACCAUCUGAAUUGCCAGCUAACACCAAAACCCAGAGCCCACACCGCAUCAGCCCAAUGCCCAGGCAACCUAGAUCCAAACUUGGAGAUGCUCAACCACAAGGCACUACUCCAUCUACAAAUGCCAACACCAAACUCCCUCCAGUUUCCUCGGUAUCUACAGUCUACAGAGAUAGCCCCAUCAUGAACCCUGUCACCCCACAAUCACCCACAACACUAAAAGAAAAUCUCCAGGCCAAACCUUCUUCAGACUCUAAUCCUCCAUAUAUCCAUGAUCCUUCACAGCAAAUAAGGAUGCUAAGAGCAGCAAAGGAGCACCAGUCUACUCCUUCAGCAGGGCAAGUAGAGAUAAAUAUGGAUGCUAGGCAGAUGGAAGGAUUUCUACAAGUGGGCAGACCUGGAAAAGCUAAGGGAUCAUCUGACUCUUGGAACCUGAACUUUGUUGUCUUGGAGAAGCAGAGUCUCCUCUUGUGCCAGGAUCGUCAAGAAGCAGUGAGAGGUUUGUCCACAUGUCGGAGGAUUGACAUUGACGGUGCCAGGUGUGAGAUUGUACAAGACCAGGAGGACAAGGAAAACACCUUCAGACUCCGAUUAAGAAAUGGCGAUCAGUAUCUGUUUGCUGCACCUAGCAAAGAGCUCCUAAAUGACUGGAUGUUGAAACUUCAAAGGAUCUUGGAGUCUGCAGUGACACUUACUUCUGGUGACAGUUCCCAAAGUGGCCAAGGAGAGUUUCCUCCCAAAGUCCCCAAGAGACUAACUGUCAGACGGUCUGUCUCAGAGCAAAACCCUUCAAAUGAUGUGACCCCCACUCUUCAUUCCUCCCAAUCAGAAGGUCCCCCUGAGAGGCAGAGUGGCACAAAGGACAUCCUUCCAAGCAUUGCACCAGAUCACACACUGAAGCAAAUCCAGAAAGAUUCAGAAGAGAUUGGAGCAAAUGAUGAAGACUCCGGUCUUGGCCCCCAAGUAUCUCCCAUUCUGAGACACCCCAACUCCACCGUCUUUCGAGAGCCCACCAUUGCAGCUCCACAGGAUGUCUCAUCUACCAUGGCACGUAAAGUUCCCAAUAAAAGGAAAGCCCCUGAGCGACCGCUGCCAGUGCCUGAGCAGAAUAUUGUGAAUGACAGCACAGGGACAGCAGUGACAAAGGAGCCUCCUACCAAACCUCCACACACAUACUAUAACAUCCAUCAGUACCCGGCUGGAGGAGAAGUGCAUGCUUUUGGUACAAGCGACACGGCAACACAUGGCGCUACAGGUACCAGAUGUUACCAACUUCUACGUGUUACCGUCUCGUUGAGAGAGUGGGAAUUCUUGGCACUGUUCUUUAGUUCACCCAUCGAUCAAAGAUGUCCUCAGGCUGUACAAACUGGCAUCAGAAAGAGGCAGAAAAGGCUGAGCUGUGAUGUUGAAUUGUCUCCAAAUCUUAAAUAA